AGAUGCUCUCCAUCUUUCUUUCAUAAUUUAAUCUAAUCUAAUCCUGAUUAAACCAAGCAAUUUCAACAUUUCUUUUCUGUGAUGCAGAUGUCAUAUUAGGGUUUUUUAUAUCCUGCCAGUCUGUUCAUAAAAUUCCCUCCAGAUAAGGUCCCCUGGGCUAAUGACGGCAAUGAUUUGCAAAUAGUCAAAGCUUGGAGCAUAGAGAGUGGGAGAGCUGAUUGUGGGUUUAGGGACAAAUCACUGUCUGAAGAUGAGGGAUCGGGAAGUUUUGGUUGAUGGGUCCGCUGUGAAUUUAGGUAGGGAUGUUAGAUUGGAAGAAGAAGAGGACGACUUUCGAAGCUGUUGUGGAGAUGAUGAAGUAUUGAAGGAGGCUGAGGAAUUGGUUAAAGAAGAACCAAACGAAGAUCUUGAUGAAUUUUCUGUGAACAUGUUCUUCAAGGGCAUAUCUAUAGCUGAGGCUGGGGAUUCUGGUUCUGGGUUGUCUGGAAUUGGGGUGGUUAUGGAGAGGUCAAAAGAUGUUCCUGUUAUUCAGGUGCAAAAAAAGCUUGACUUUUAUGUGGAUGAACCCGUGGCCCAUUAUUUAGCUCUAAUGGAUGGUUUGGCAGGGGCAAUUCAGAACAAGAUCCAUUGUGUCUAUGCUUUCACAGAUUCUCAGUUGUUAUAUGAUCAGAUUGCACAUGAGGAGAAACUUGAGACUCCCCUUUUGGUGGCAUUGAGGGAAAGGAUCACAGAUCAUGCUAAUAGCCUGGAAGCCUUUGUUCUGAAGCUUGUUCCAAGCACCAAUCUUCAGAGGCCACUGCAAUUAGCCCAAGUCGCAAUUGGGGUUAUUUCUUCUCCUGUGAAUGGAGAUAAAUCAUUUGAAAGUUGUCCUAUCUGCUGUGAGGACAAGCCAUCACCUAUGAUGAUAACAAUGAAGUGUUCCCACAAGUUCUGUUCCCAUUGCAUGAGAACUUAUGUUGAUGGAAAAGUGCAGUCUUCCCAAGUUCCUGUUAGAUGCCCUCAGUUGAGAUGCAAAUACUAUAUUUCCAUCACUGAAUGCAGGUCUUUUCUUCCACUGGCAUCAUACGAAUCUUUGGAGAGAGCCCUUGCAGAAGCAGAUGUUCUUAACUCGGAGAGGAUCUACUGUCCCUAUCCAAAUUGUUCUGUCCUGCUUGAUCCUCAUGAAUGUUUAUCUGCUAGAGCAAGUUCAUCUAGUCAAUCAGACAAUAGCUGUGUUGAGUGCCCGGUGUGUCAGAGGUUUAUAUGUGUGGAAUGCGGGGUUCCUUGGCAUUCUUCAAUGAGUUGUGAAGAAUUCCAGAGCCUCCCUUUGGAGGAAAGAGAUGCUGCAGAUAUUACAUUGCAUCGUUUGGCACAAAACAACAGGUGGAGGCGUUGCCAGCAGUGCCGUAGGAUGAUUGAGCUCACUCAAGGUUGCUAUCAUAUGACAUGCUGGUGUGGACACGAGUUCUGUUAUUCAUGUGGUGCUGAGUACAGGGAUAGUCAGCAGACCUGUCAAUGUGCCUUCUGGGAUGCAGACAACUCCGAGGACUUGGUCAAUCAAUCUGUCCAAGAAUCAGAACAAUGGGCAUGGGAGACUUUCAACUCACUCCCUAUGAUCAUGGAUGCGUACUCGGAGCAAGAAAGAUCCCAGCUAGCUCUAAUUCAAAGGUUCCUUGCUGGGGGUUUUGGUCUGAGUGAUCAUCACCCGUAUCAGUCUCCACCCCGCUGCACCGACUCCUAUGUAGAUGCAAUGAAGGACCUACAUCAGCUUCCUUGGCUUGAAAGAUUUGUCUCAGUAAUAAGUGACAACUACUAUGAAGACUAUAUUCAAUGAAGUUCAGUGCCAAUCAUUCCAAAAUUAGGUAACUGCGCUUAUUUACUACCCACCUAGGCUACAAGGAAAGCAGAGUCUCUCACUCUAGUGUUUCCAUUCUUCAUCAACACAAACAUGCUGAUUAUCAGCACCUUUCCUUCCAUUAAGCACAUGCUGGAAGAUUCAUGAUCCUGGAGGCCUUUUGCUUAAGAUCGAAGGCAAAGAUUCCAUGGGUAAUUGCUUUCUUCUUGAAAGAAAAAGAAAGAAGAUAGAGAGAAACCUUUUAUUAGUGUCAUCAAAUUGAAAGAAAAGUCAAUGAAUGCUCAUUUUCAGAUGAUCUCCAUUUUGUUCUGUGACUCAUCUUAUGAAAGUGUCAUUUGGGUCAGUUUUACAUUUUUUUUCUAACCUCAAAACAGGUUCACUCGUUCAAGCGCCUGCAUUCCUCCCACUCAGUAAAAUUUUAUUGUGAGA